AUGCCAUACCGUUCUGAACUCAAACGCCCUGACCUCAAAGGCUCCUUCCCUUGCUCCAUCUGUCAAAAAGUUUUCUGCCACAGUUCUUCCCUGAGUCGUCAUAGAAUGCAAGCCCAUUUCAAAAGUUAUACCUGUACCACAUGCAACAAUGAGAUUCCAAGCAAUGACACACUGCGCAGCCACAUGUAUCGUGUACACAACAUCACCCGAAUGUUCAUGUGCCGGUGUUGUAACUGGGCUUUUCCAGACAAGACAAGUCUCCACAUCCAUAUGCAAAGCAUGCUGAAGAAUGGAACACCUGGAGAAGCCGCGGUUCUUGCUAAAAGUUCAGAUGCAGAUAGCAGUUCAGAACCAAGUUCCCCCCGAAACUCUCCAGCUUUCUCCCCUGAUAUGAUGAUGCAGAAACGGAUGCUUCAGGUGGCUGCAAAUAACAAUAACAUGGGAUCGAUUUUCCCUUCACUCCUGAAAAGCCCUGACUCGAAGUCUGUUUUCCCAUUGGACUUAUCCAACAUGGGUCCGUCUCAAUUUUUAUCUGCCUGGCUAGCCAACAAUCCUAUCAAUACGGCAGCCCUUAAUCUUGCGGCUCAACAGACUCCGUCCAAGGAUUCUAUCGAGUCUUCAAAUAUAAGUGAUUAUGACGAUUUGGAAGUGCAGACCACUGAAGAAGACAUUAAAUUUGAAGUGGAAAGCAGUGAUGUCAGUCCUCGGUCUGUCAUUGUCAAAAGUGAACCAACUUGUAAAAGAAAACUGGAACACGAGGCUGAUAUUGAUGUGGAGGGUGAUGAUGGAGAACCCCCAUUGAAGAUGACAAUUGACGAAAAGGACAUUCAUAUUUCACAUGACCAACCGUCUCCAACAGUUUCUGAUUCACACAUCAGCGGUGGAUCUUCCAGUCACUCAGGCGAAAGUUCAAAGUGCUUUGAUUGUCAGGUGGCUAGAGGAAAACUGGUUGCAGUCGAGGACAAAUGUCGUGCUUAUGAGAAGACUAUCAGAGAUCUGCAGGUCCAACUUGAGAUUGUUCGAAAGUUUCAAUCGAACCCGAUGCCACCUGUCAUGCUGCCCCCUCCAAUGAUGCCCAUCCCACCUCCAGGACCCAAUAAUUUUCUUCAAAAUCCUGCAAUGAGGAUGUUGUUGAACAACUUGGUCCAUAUGAACCGCCCUCAAAUAAUUCCAUAA